AUGACCACCGAGGCAGAAACCAUCACCGUUGACUCAGGCGAUGACUGGGCUUCAACAUACACAGCGACAGACUCGGAAGUAACGUCCCUCCGCAGCAGUGUCUUUGAUUAUAUCUACGAAAAUGGGCGACGGUACCACGCCUACCACGCCGGUGCGUACUGGGGGUCGAACGAUGAAAAGGCGAUAGAUGCGAUGGAUAUCUGCCACUUUUUGUACAGUCUCCUUCUCCACGGCGAGUUGCAUCUCGCUCCAUUGCAGAAUCCAAAACGAGUUCUGGAUGUCGGGACGGGGACAGGGGCCUGGGCCCUUGAGUUUGCGGAUAUGUAUCCCACGGCUACGGUCAUCGGGACCGAUCUCUCGCCUAUCCAGCCGCGGAUGGUACCGCCGAACCUGAGCUUCGAGGUCGACGAUUGCUGUGACGAGUGGAUGUACCGGGCGCCGUUCGACUACAUUCAUGUGCGGGGGUUGUAUGGUUCCGUGGCCGACUGGGAUAAGUUUUACCAGCAGGCUCUGAAACACCUAGUACCAGGCGGGUAUAUCGAACAGGUCGAGAUGGGAGUUGUGCCUACAUCAGACGACGGAAGUCACGUUGGAACCGUCUACGAGAAAUGGGGCAAAACUAGCCUGGAGAGUGGUGAUCGAUUCGGCAAAACCCUUCGCAUUGUCGACGAGUCCAAGCAGCGCAUGAUCGACGCCGGAUUCAUCGAGGUGGUCGAGCGACGAUACAAACUACCGAUUGGGCCGUGGCCGAAAGAUAAGCACCUGAAGACGCUGGGGAAAUACUUUCGGUUGGUGAUCGAGGAGAGUAUGGAGAUGUGGGUGAUGUACUUGUGGACCAAUGUGCUGGGUUUUUCUAGAGUCGAGGUUGAAAUGACAAUAGCCGAGAUGAGAAAGGCAAUCCGCGAUCCCAGCAUCCACGGUUAUAUCCAUGUCUCGGUGGUGUAUGGUCGCAAACCGGACAAGUAG